UUAACUAAAAAUUUUAAAGCUAUUAAGUAUAUUACUAGGAUAUAAGUUAGAUUUUUUUCUUUCCUUCCACGCCACGUUUAAUCACUAAGAACGUAAACCUUAAGCGAUGCAUGCACUUUGCGACACUGUACAUAAUCUUUAACCCCUGGUGGGUGGUACGGCACAGAUGCCCUUUUCUUCUCUUACGUUUUGAGCUUUUUUUGUCCUUCUUUUACCCAUUCUUCGCGUCGGAAUGCGUUGUACGGAAUGCGCUCGGAUCGUUCUUAUCACAAAUCAUAAGCCACAAAUGUGAGCCGCAGCGUGGGUUUCUUAGCUACCAAGCAUUCAGUUGGCAAAACCCCAUGACACGCACUGGUGACGUUAGAAGAACAUUUCCUGCAAUGAGUCACACAAUCCCUACCGUAUUGGGAGCGAUGCUGAUGUUGGCCCUUACUAUCGAAUGCUACGCCGACACGCGAUACAAUGUCAGCUUUGACGAAUUGCAUAAAUGCAAGCAGCACAAUGCUAUCAACGGGUACAACUAUCGAGCAUUUUUCAAGCUACAUGAACUACAGCACCAUAAUCUAACUGACCCCGAUCUGAUGGUCGACCUGCAAGUGUACGUGUUGGCCGCUCGUGAUGGUCAUAUCCUGCUGUCGGAACAGAACAAAACUUUGGGGACUGCGGUGGAAAUAGUACUCGGUGGUGGUGGAAAUACAUUUUCACAGAUACGUUUCGGCCAGAAGGGAUCUCCGUUGAGAACGAAGGCGAGUAUCGGGUUGUUGUCACCUAUUGAACCACUUCCGGUACGGGUACGUAUCUAUUCAAAUGGCCAGAUCAGGAUAUACGCUGGCAAUCUUACGGACGAACCAUUCAUGGAAACGAUUAUGCCGAUCAAGAAUGCCAGUGAGUUUAGAUACGUCAGUUUCACUACGUGGGGAACAGCAUUGGCAAAAUGGUUCUAUGAUUGUCCACUGCCUUCAAACGCUACCAACGGUACGGUGAUGAUUGACGGUAACGAACUAGAGCAAGAGUACGAUGGUAAGCAACGCUUGCUGAACCAUUUGAUGAGUGUUCCGCUGUGGAUUGACCCACCGGAUAAUUUUACGGGCGUCGAAAUUCAACACAUGUACGUAAAAGGAUUCGUUUACGACCAGACAACUAACCAGAUCGAGCUUUCGGGAUCCAUGGGCCUGUCCUGGGAAGAUCAACGCUACAGCUGGAAUGCAUCCCACUUCGACAAUACAAUGUUUGUUGGCGACGUCUGCCACAUGGUCUGGAUGCCGUCCUUCGAAACGUUGAGCAUGUUUACGGGAACGUCCUUCAUGUGCUACCUCACGGAUGACGGUUUUACGGGUGUCGAAAUCUUGGAUUUUACGUGGACCAAUUUCUGUACUCUUUCGGAGAGUUACCGGUGGCCGUACGAUACUAACACCUGCAAGCUUCAACUGUUGGCGGCUAGCCAUGAAAGGAAUGUACCUAUACGUUUAACGAUGGGAAGUAUACGAUUUGAUCCGAAUUUCGAACAAUCGGAAUGGUCCCUCAAGUCCAUUGGCAAGCAUGAAACGGAACGGAGCAUUACGCCAUAUGGACAGCAACCAAUUCUCGAGCUGCACAUCGAAAUGAGCCGGAAAAGUGAUAUACAUUCCGUUUCGAUCCAUCCAUCGUACUUCGUGGGCAACUUGCUGAUAUCCAUUUCUUUCAUCGUCGAUGGGCGAUCGCGACUGCUGCUCAACUCGCUUGGUUUGAUCAUAUUGCUUAAUACGUUUUUAAGCUUUUCUGCCAUCGUACCACGUACUGGAGUACCAAAACUAUACAUCUUUUUCCAGUGGUCACUUGUUUUCUACUCAAUUUCGACCAUUCUGUACGUUAUCGAGAUGUGGUUGAAGAGAACACGCGCUAACAUACCACCAGGCUCCUGGAUUGGGCGAGUUAUAACCUUCCCAGCCCUACGGUUUGCGCUCGCUAUGGAUCAAAGGAGUAACUAUAACACGUUAGAGCACAAAAACGUUCGAUGGGACGAAGUGACCUGCAUUCUGAAUCGACUCAUGAUGGUUGCUGUACUGAUCGUGCUUGCAAUUGGAUUCACCAAACCGUGAAGUUCAAUGGUUUAUUUCUUGAAGGCAACCUACGGAAAGUAUAUAUAUAUAUAUAGCGUUAGAUUCGCGUAAACUUUAGUCAUUGCAGCGCACGAGGACAAUUUCUGUAAUUGAUUAUUUGCACAGAAUGCAUUGUAUAAUGUUGCGGUAUUUGGUUAUGUAAUAAAGAUGAUCAAACCUCAGUUAUUUGUCCAUUUCAUGUUUUAUUACUAAAAUGGAAUCGACAACUAAUUGGACCUGCCUCAAAAGUGAACCACAUGCCGCAUUCCGGUGGUGUAUCGGGUAGCGACACCAGACC